AAUCGGAAGUUGAUUGUCUGCUCGCGUAGCCAUUGAAAUUCCAACAUGGAUGCCCUACUUCGGGCUGUUCGACGAAAUCCUAAUGUUUUUGGUGAUAACCAAGGGCAGUCAAAACACAAGAAAUUACCAGAAGGAUGGGGAGAAAACAAGGAACCAGUUGCAGAUGGAGUAACAUUUUAUCUCAAAUAUCUGGGUUCGACCUUAGUAGAAGAAUUACCUGAAGAUGAAAGUUAUGGUGAUAGUGUUAGUAUGAAAGCUGUUCAAAGCAUUGUUGCAUUGGCUAAAACUGCAGGAAAGAAAUUAAAGAAAGUGUCAUUAACUAUACGACAUAAAGGAAUUAGAAUGACAGAUCUUACCACCAAGGAAACAGACUUUGACAUUUCAAUAUAUAGGAUCUCUUUCUGUACAGCUGAUAAAAAUCAUGAGAAAGUAUUUGCUUUUAUUGCUCGUAACACUACCAAUGAAACUAUGGAAUGUCAUGCAUAUUUAUGUGCUAAACCAAAAAUUGCCCAAGCUGUUACAUUAACAGUAUCUCAAGCAUUUAGUUUAGCCCAAGACCACUGGGAAGAAGCCAAAAACAGAAAAUCACAGAGAGAAAUAGAAAAAACAAAUAACCAGAAGGGUAACAGUUUUAAAUGUAGUAAUAGUAGUAGUGUUAUAAAUUCUGACAAUAAUUAUAAAACAUCUUCCUCAAAUACUAAUAAUCUUCUCUCAUUUACUGAUUCUAGUCCUGUAACACCACCUCCUGUAACUAUCAACUGCCAAAAACAACUCUGGACUAAAUUCUCAGAUGAUGAAGAUGAGGAUGAAAGUUUUUCUAGAUUAGCUGAGAACAGAAGUCGACGUUUACCUUCAUUCAGCACAAAUUUACGUAAAGAAGAUCUUGAUGAUAGUGUAGAACAAUAUAUGGAUGGUCGACGCUGCUUUGAAGAAUUUUCACGUCAGAUGUCCAUUGAAGAUCUAUUAAAUUUAUGACAGCAGAGAGACUGACUGAGGAGAAAUGCUGAUUGUGUGAUGAGUUUAACUGCAAAACAUCAUGUUGAGAUUAAAUGACUCCGUGGAUCAUGUAUAGCACUGUACUAAGAAGGUAUUGAUCAUGCAAAUUAUUUAAGACUAAAAUGUCAAUUAGUCAAAAUGUGAAUACAUAUAAAAAAAAAUGUUUUGUGCAUGCAAUGUAUAACUAUUUGAUAAGAAAAUUUAAAUACAGAGCUUGCCCCAUCUCUAUUUGAAAUAACACAUCGCAUCAACCUAUUUCAAUACAUUAUUCCGAGGUAAUUCAAAGAGGUUUAGCUCCUUUAAUGCUCUAUGCCUACUUUUUGUCAUUGAUGUUCUUAAUGUCAAGGCUUUUAUUGUACAAUUGAAUCAUAUUUGUAAGAUCUCAUAAUGUCCUGUCGAUUUUUUGAUACUUGUUUAUGUGUAACUGUUAAAUAAUGUACCUCAAUUGUUUAUGGAAUAAUGUUUUAAGUUAAUCUAGUCUUAACUAAAAUAUGAAAUUUUUUAAGUUUACAUGUUAGAAAAUAUCAUGCCUUGAGUGGGUGGUAUAUUUUUCUUGUAAACUUGAAAUGUAUGUAAAGUUUAAAAUGCCUGUGCACACUGAAGGAUUUUUAAGUUGGGCAAAACAUGCAGUGAACAGCUCACCAAUUUUCAGUGAUUGUAUGUCUGCACAAAAAUUCCCUAUUGCUUUCAUUAGUUAUGGUGAUGUUUAUACAUGUUUACUCAUAUAAUGAGUUGUUUAUACAUAGAUAAAAUGGCAUCCAUCAAAGGCUUCAACAAACCAUCUCUGCUAUCAAAGCGUGCAUUUGGAAAUAUAUUUAGCUACCCAGAUGGUUUGCUGGCAAUAGGUUGUUUGCCAGUAGUUCAUGUAUAUUUAAUAAAAUAUAAGGAACAAUCUGUCAAGGCUGUGUAAUUUUAUAAUACUCCAAACUAAUAAUUAUUGGUAGGUGAUGGAAAAUUGCUAGCUAAUUGUGUGCAGGCCUCUAUUCUCAGAAAGCAAGGGAGAUAAUUUAAAGGGAGAUAACUCAGAUUAAACCUCGAAAUUCCCUGUCACAUUUUAUGCUUAUUAUUUUGUCUCCUGCCACCAAGUAUCAGUAUUCAUUGCCAUUAUUUUUACAAUUUUAUACUCCUGAUAUUUAUCUCUUAAUAUAUUUCUACUUAAUACAUAAACAUCUAACUCAUAGGUUUAAUGAAAAUAUAAUAAAUAAAUUAAGUAAUCUUGGAGGAUGCUCGAUUGUGAGUCAGGAAUGUUCCGAAUUGGUAGAAUUGCAAUCGACUGACUUCUGUCAGUUUCGAUGUGGAGUGAUAGAAAAGUGUUUCAGCUGUUUUAGUUAGUUGUGGCAGUAGUCAUAUAGUUAACAUGAUUCAGAGAAUUUAAUCCCAGAACAUUCAAUCAAAUAUCUCCUUCCGUUCCCUUAAGAACUUUGACUAUUUUACAUAAUUGUAACGGUGUAAGCUAUCAUUUUAUUAGACGAUGAUGAAAUCAAACGUCUUAAUAAAUGCUUUCUGUAGAAUUUAUUAAUAUCAUGGGCAUUUAUUUUGCUAUACAAAUUAUUUUAUUUAAAUAUGUAACAUAUCUAAGUCUUUCUAUUGUACAGAUGAGUAGAAUUGCAAUUCUAUAAUAGAUCAGUAAUAUAAAAAGGAAUGUUAGUUUGGUAAGAUAGUGUAGAUUAUAGAUACAGUAAUUGGUAUACCAUAUUGCAUUAAAGAUCCAAAGCUUUUGACAGUAUUUUGUGUGAAGAACUAUGUGUAGUUCAAUAGAAACACUCAACCACAUGCUAAAUGAUUAGACUUUCUUUUGUGGUAAAUCUUAGUUAAAAAUGAAAAUGUGGUUCAGUCUUGACAUUUUGCUCUAGAUAUAUGAGGAGACCUUUUUAUGUAUUUGACUACCAUCGGCCAAUCAUGGGCAGAUAAUAGGGUAUGGAUAAUGUGGUGGUACUGGUUUGCUAAGUUCACAAUUUAUUGUGUACUAGUUUAUAUAAAACUAAUGUACAUAUGUUUGUGUAUUUAUUGUUAUGCUCUCUUUAAUAUGUACUCCCUCUAACUAUGCAUUACUAUAUAUUCUUAUUAUGUUAUAUUUGUUGUACAAGAUAAAUUGAAAUCUCUGAUAUUGUUGCAAACUAGAAUAUUGUGAAAGUUGAAACUCUGAAAGGAAUAUCAGUCCAAAAGCAGUUUGACUCUUCAGUAUUUAUAAAUAAAGAUACUCUGUGCCAGAUGUACUCUUUGCUAAAUUCCUUAGAUGCUCCUCUGUUAAAUCCGAUUGAAACCAAGUUGGAAGAUUAUCUCUGGUAGAUAUUUUGAUGUUAAUAAUCAAUUUUAGUACAUUUUGGCAUGGAUUAAUUAGAUAUUGUCUGAAAAAUGCAGUUGUAAUAAAAAUGUAAGUAUGAAUUAAUUAUCUUAAAAAUCAAACUAGGGUUUAUAUAUAUACAAAUUCAGACUUAUAGUCAAAUUGUUAAAAUAGCCUAUUUGGCACCCAUUUUUACUAAACUCUUGUAAAGACUGUCAGUUGUGACCUUUACCCACUUCAUAUGAUAAGAUCAUUAAAAAAAUUUGCAUUAUACAAAAAAUAUAUAUAAUUAUUAUAUGAAUAUGUUGAGCUCAAUACAUGGAUGAACUGAAAAAAUAAUAAAUUACUUUUCAUCUGUGGAAAUCAUUGCUUCCAUCCAGUUAUUUUCAAAAUAUAGGAAGAUUGACCUUUGCUUGAGGUCAUAAAAUUACAUUUUCAUUCAAUAAUGCAAGAUAUAGAAAUGAAAUGUACAUCCUAUUACUUAUAACUAGUUUUCUGUAGUUUUUCAAAAGUCUUCCCCAGUUUCCUCUCACUGCUAAAGACCCCUGGCCCUACGUUUAAGCAAAUUAUUGAAAUAAAUAAAAUAGAACCAUAUAUUAGUCCUAAAAUGACCUAGUUUGUGUGGAGUGGACAAUAAACUCUCUCUCUCUCUCUCUCUCUCUCUCUCUCUCUCUCAAAAGUGUUCAUUUGUGUGCCUUGAGCUCUAUGAAAACACUAUACAUAUAGUUUGUUAGUAUUAUUUUUUAUUAUUUGAAGUUUUCUGUAGUGUUCAUUUCUGUGCCUUGAGCACCAUGAAAACACUAAAGUAACUAAAAAUGAUAAUUUAACUGCUAAUUUUCUUAAACACUGUCAGCUAUAAAAUGUGUAUAUAUGUUGAUUCUUAGUCAUAUAUAAUAUUAUAUCAAUAAUUUAUGUGGAAUUAUUUACUUUUCUGUAUUAAAAAUUAUAAAUAUCUACAUUUUUGUGUGUGUUUCGCAUGUUCAUGUAUAUAUCUUGGAAUUCAUUUCAGUCAAUUAUUAAAUAAUCAUUCAUAAUUUGUCACAAAAACAGAUUUUACAAGCCUAUAUAAAAACAAUAUGUAAAUUUUCAUUUAAAGAUAAAAAUAUUUCCUUGACAGUCAUAAUAAAUACUUCCAAAAUGAUUUUAAAAUGUAUUGAAACUACAGGGUGAAAUAUAUUUGUUAUCAAAAACAUAUCUUUUGAGAUACUUCAUGGAAAAGUUUUUUGACUGUCUACAAAAGCAGCUAAAUGAACCAGCACUGGUAUUAUCAGGCAACGACCCAAACAACAGUGGUUAAUGCUUUGUAAAAAUUAACAUAUGUAAUUAAUUGUGGUCUUAUUAACUAAUUUGGUCUAUAAUUUGAUUUCCUAGUUAUUACAAACAUCCUACUUUCAUAUAAAAAUAAGUUUAAGAGGGUCUAACUACAGAUGAUCUAAUUAUGCUAUGGGGAAAAAAUCUUUAUGAAAACAUCAUGCUAUGAUUAUUAUCAUAGCCUACAUGUUAUAUUAUUUAUCAUAUUAUUAUUGUGUUUUAUUCAUUUCUCUAGUAUCAUAUUUAGAUGUGCUACAAAUAUUUUCAGUUCUUAUUGAUCUGUAAUUUAACAGUCAAUAGUUGAUUGCUGUUUGGUAUUAUCAUUAUUUUGUAUAUACUCCGUUUUAUUACAAUUUUCUAGUACUCUGAUAUGCCUUUUAUUAUUUAUCAAAGUUAUUAAAUCUAUUUUCCG